GGCUCGAUGUGCACCGCCCUUUAAGGCUCGUCGUCCGCGGCUCGGUCGUUGAUGAAAAGUCGCGGCGCUGGUUCCGGUGCAGGUUCUGCGACGCAGGGGGGUGCCGAGCCACGAUCCGAUCCAGCUGGCAUGGAGGAGAAAAACAACCCCUGAGUGUAUUUUUCGUCGGCCGACACGCCUGGACAGGAAGGAAGGACGGGGGGAGGAGGAGGCCAGGACUCAGGCCGCGGGAGACGGAAGUGAGAGGGGGUUGCUCCGAAGAGGAAGCCCUAUCCCUUUAAAAGCAAGUGGGACAUAGCGGUGCGAGAAAAAGGAGAGGAGGGGGAGAAGAACGAGGAAUUAAAAAAGAAAAGGAAGAAAGAGACAGGGAGGGCGGAGGGAGUAGCGGGCGAUAAAAAAAGAAAGAUGACAUCCUCGCAGCUCAGCGGCCGAGGUGGAGCGACGGGCCGCGGCCCGGCGAGAGCGCCGCUUGCCCGGGUCGGGGCUUGACUCCGACAACGAGGCUUCGACAAACAACCGAGUGGCCUAAUCGGAGGAACUCGGAAACAUAGAUUGACUCAUUAAAAACAAAGCAUGACGUGUUUUAUAACCCAUAUUUGCUCUCCAGUGGGGGGGAAAUGACUUUUACUUCACUUGUGUCGUGAUUUUUUUGUAGCGUUUAUCUCGAGAGUAAGCAGGUUAUUGUUGCAUUAAUCCAAGCUAGAAGUUAAAGCAGAGCCAUUGGAGGUAAAGGUACCGGCCUGUGUGGGGUUUGUGCGGCCGACUUUCGUUCACUGCUGCGCCCAUUUGGCUUACAUCAUGCCACCUCCGUGACAUCAGCAGCUUGACACGUCAUUUUAUUAUUUUUUAAACAAUCCCGCCAUUUUUUGUUUUUAGCAUCGGGUGUGUCAAGCUUUUUUUUUUUGGAGGGGGCCAUCCAAGGUAUGCGAAGGCUGUUGUUCUCAACCAGAAGCUAGCUGACUUUAUAGCCUCCCUCUCAAAAUGGAUGCUGCUUGGAGCAAUUUCCUCUUCCAGGUAGGCUUGAGUACUCCCACCCAAAACCAAGCGGAGGGGAGCCUCCAAUCGGAGCUCAUGUCAGUGCACACAAGCUCUCCCCAAACCCCACCCACUGAGCACAUAGAUCAGCCUCCCUCCACCGUGGACACCACUGCCCUCAGCGAGGAACCCCUGCCCGGGGAGGCCCGGGGAUCUGAUGCACACCCAGCAGCCACUUCAUUAGUGAAGCCCGUGUCCCGGCCAGCCCGCGUGCCCCACGUCUGUGCCAUUUGCAACAAGCAGUUCAAGAACAACUACAACCUGCGGCGGCACCAGUCGGUCCACACCGGGCGGCCUGCCAAUCAGAACCCCACGCCGGUGAGGAAGAACCACGCGUGCGAGACGUGCGGCAAAGCCUUCCGUGACGUUUACCACCUCAACCGCCACCGCCUGUCCCACUCGGACGAGAAGCCCUUCUCGUGUCCUAUCUGCCAGCAGCGCUUCAAAAGGAAGGACCGAAUGAGUCAUCACGUGCGUUCCCAUCAGGGCGGCGUGGAGAAGCCCUACAUCUGCCCUCACUGCAGCAAAGCUUUCUCAAGGCCAGACCAUCUCAACAGUCAUGUGCGGCAGGUGCACUCCUCAGAGCGUCCCUUUAAAUGCCCAACUUGCGAGUCCAGUUUUGCCACAAAGGAUCGUUUGCGUGCCCAUAUGAUUCGCCAUGAGGAGAAGGUCCCGUGUCACAUCUGUGGCAAGCUCCUGUCGGCUGCUUACAUCACCGACCACAUGAGGGUGCACAACCAGUCCCAGCACCACAUCUGUCACCUGUGCAACCGCAGCUUCACCACGCUCACGUACCUCCGCGUGCACGCCCAGAAGCACCACGGUCAAGAGUGGAAGGACAGCCCAGGGGGUUUCGGUGGCACGACCACCGGCGGCGUCCUCGUCUGCCACUUAUGUGGCAUCCACUGCAAGACGCCUACCCAGCUCCAGGGCCACAUGGGUACCCACAGUGCCAGUCAGGAUGCCCAGAGCUCCGCCACCUCUAACAUCGCCGCCAGCAGCUCACUCAGCAACAUGGUGACAGCGCCCACUGUGUACGUGACCGGCGGCACGGUGGUGGACCUGCUGGUCACGGACUGCUCUAGCAUUGCGGCGCCGCAGUCGCAGAGUUAGCGAUAGCCAGCUGCAGCAAUAACCUCAGUCCUUUAAAAUGAGAGAGGGCAAGGUAAGAGAAGUGAUGUGUAGAUGCUGAUCUGUCCAUUGGGAACAUCUGAAAAAAAGUCACGGAUAUGUCAUCCUAAUAAUCUCGAGUACCGUAAAUCAAGGGUGUGCAAAGUACAGCUUGCGGGAUCAUUUUUGAACAAUAACACUAAUAGACUAAUAACGAUCUGUUUUUCCAACUACAGCAUACACUUAUGCUGUCUGUUUUAUUUAACCCUCCUCUUGUGUUUUACAUUUUAAUGCAUAAAAAGAAUCACAUAACAUUUGUUUAUUGCAUCAAGGCUUUUUGACUUUGUCAAGAAACUCUAUUUCAACAAAAUAAAACCAAAAAAAUUAUUUUUACUACAUUUUAAAAUGGUCUGGUUGAAAUUAUGACCACUGUAUUGUUAGGGUCGGUUUCGACACGGUAAUAAUAAUAUGACUAUAAAGCAAUAUUUUGAGGCAAAACUGAAAUCAUAAGUGUACAAUUAGCCAACACAAUGACAACCAGCUCCUCUUCUCAUCAUGGAAGCUUCAGGGGAUUCUCAUUUUCACCGCUUUUCCAGUAUACCAGCAGAAAAACAAUGUCCAGUUUACAUGUGAGGUGAAUUCACUCAUUUGAUUGGCUGAUUUCACAUUUACAAUUUGGAUCAUGGAAAGAAUGGCAAGAAGUACAGUGAACCAAGAUCUGGACCUGUUCUGCUUUUUCAUUUCACUUUAUACUAAAGUUCUGUUGCUGAAAACAACAACUUUUUCUACCUUUUCUUGACAUUAAUAUAUAUGGGUCAAAAUUCACUCCAACACCAUACAUGUUUCUUUACUGAUUAAUACUAAAAUGAGAAAAUAAAUCAAACUAAUUGAUUUAAGAGAUAUGUUCUAUAUCCCUCAGUAAUAGCCAGGUAACAAAAGAACCUUCAAUUUAUGAAUAUGAUUCUUUUGAGGUUCCUUUUAACCAUUUUUGGAAAUUGAAAUGGAGGGGUAUAGUGACAAAAAAGGCCUACAUGCCCACACCAAAAGUAUUAAAACCAACAUUUUCAUGGAUGAGGAAGCCUAAGAAGGUAACCAAGACACGAGAAGCAAAUUUGAUGGUAACUUAUUGUUUUUAGUGUAUUUUAUAGCUGAUUUAAUACAUGGGUCAAAACCCACCCGGUAACAUAAGAGAUGAUACCAGAAAGCUAACACAAGAGGAAGGUUAAAUAUCACAGUUAAUUGGUUUUAGCAGAGCAAAUAAUAUCAAAAUGUCCCCCGUCCUAAAGAAAGAAAUUACAUGAGGAGGUUACCUACAGCCACAAUUGUUAAUACCGACGUUUUAUGGCCCGGUGCUGCGACACGGGUGAUUAUUUGCUGUGGUUAACCGAACGAAGACUAUUGGACCAUUUACGGUACUCAAACGUGCUAACAGCUGUGUCUUAAUCGUGUCUACUCUAUUUACUCCACUGUCCUGUGCCCUCACACAACCUCCGACCCCCCCCUCCCAUAUUCACACCAGCGCUAAUCUUACCUCUUUUUCGCAGCUCACUGACUAUGACUAUUUAGUGCUUGUGUUCAAGAAUGACAACUUGGGGGAAAAAGUAAACAAACAAAAAAAUUAGAAGGGAAUCUGUCAUAGGUUCUCUUAGCAUGUUAAAAUUGUAUUAUUUUUUUUUGUUUUGUUCACUAGUUUAGUCAUCUUCUAAGAUCAGGACGCAAGUAUUGCAGGGGGUACUUCUUGGUAGAAAAGGUACAAAGUGACAAGCACCUUAUAAUGUCAUUGUUGAGGUUUCUUGCUCGAAAAGUCUUCCUCUCUGGGUUCGGCCAAGAAAAUAACUUUUAACACUUGCACCAGGAAGAAGAAAAAAAUCUACCUUUUGCAUGAAAAUAAGAUAACGCAGCUUGUCAAAAUGAACUUUUAAGUGGUUUCACUAGCUGUACAACAAUAAUAUGUGCUGAUUUUCAUGGGGAAAAAAAAAAAAAAGUUUGUCGGCCAUUCAUUUGAUUGUAACCGUCAUUGCCAUAGUAGUUUUUCUUUUGUUGUUCUUUUCUCAGUCUAAGUGACUGAAACGUAUACGUUUAGAUUUUAGUAAUAUAGAACACCUAACGUGAUCAUUUCAAAUCAUCUUUUUAACACGGGGACUUGUGUUGCUGAGAAAGGGCUUUAAAGUCGAGCUCCACAGGAAGUUGAUGCUGUAAACAAUUCCUGGUUUUGUACCCGAGUGCUUUUUGUGUGAAUACCUUGAAUUUUUGUUUUUUUUUAAUUUUCAUUUUAAAAUAUAUUCUUCCUUCCUGUUGCGAAAAUGUACUAAAAACAUUCAUUUUUAGAUUUUUCUUCCAUUUACAGUAAAAGAAAAAGAAUACCUCUAGAAAUGUGUACGGCUCUUGUGAUAUACAUCUUAAUGCCUUAUCAUACUCAACUGCAUUUUAAUUAUUUUAUGAUGAUCACAUCUUAGUCAUAGAUUCAUUCAAUAUUAAUGGGAUGUAUUUAUAUUUAUAUUUUUAUAUCUCAACAGUGUGCAUGUCCGAAAAAGGUUAGAUCAAAAGCAAAAACAAAAAAAAAAUCAAUAUCUGAUGCUUAUUACAGUCUUAUGUUCUUUUGUAGAAGACGUAGAGCUUAUGUUAUUAUUUUGUAAUUUGGACAAUUUUAAGUAAAA